AUGCCGGAUCAGACAGCAGUGAAGCUGCUCUAUGACCAUGCUGAUGGAGAUGCUGUCGUUCCCAGCGUUGGUGAGUCAGGAAGGUGUCCUUUAACCGAAAUGCCUCCCUUUUUCUCUCAUGUUAUUGCUGGAUCGAAAUCGAAAUCGCCAAUACAACGCAUGUGGUGAGA